GUGCAAUGAGAGGGAGCCUUUUAAAAAUCUCGCCUUUAUGACGUCCCACUCCAGCGCAUUUCGGCUUAAGACCCUUCCUAUCCCAUCCCUUCCCGCAUUGCCCCUUCUCCACGGUCACCACCCCACGAUCCUUGCCCUUCCUGCUUGCCAGCUUGCGUGUGCUUUCACUCCUCUUGCUGUUGCUCUGAUCAGGAACACCGUCUCCUCCCAUCAACAACACACCUUUGGGAUUUCAGGAGUAGCGGAAUGCUUCUCGAGUGACCCCGGUCUUUCGCCUCCCCCUCCUCCACCACCACGAACAACCAGCGAGCGAGCGUCGCGGGUCGCGCCGACCAGGUAAUGCCGUCAGCGUUACUGGAACAUGCCUCCAUGUCGGAGAUAGCACCGAACAAACAACGAGAUGCUGCGCGACUGAAGCCGCCCCCGAGGGCGCCCCCCGUGUGCCCAACCGACGAUGACGAGACGAUAGAGACGAGGAAGCAAACGCGCACGUUCGACUACAUCUGGCGGUCCGGCGUCGCCGGUGGCUUGGCAGGCUGUGCUGCUAAAACGGUCGUCGCACCUCUCGAUCGUGUCAAAAUCCUCUUUCAGGCGAGCAAUCCGCAGUUCGCAAAGUACACGGGCUCGUGGUUCGGCGUUGUGACGGCAAUGAAGGACAUCCGCUCUCACGAAGGCCUUACGGGGCUGUUUAGAGGACACUCGGCGACGCUCAUUCGAAUCUUCCCAUACGCCGGCAUCAAGUUCCUUGCGUACGAGCAAAUCCGCUCCAUGGUGAUCCGUCGGAAAGAACAUGAGACUCCGUGGCGCCGUCUUAUCAGCGGCUCCAUGGCGGGCGUCACUUCCGUUUUCUUCACAUAUCCCUUGGAGGUUAUUCGUGUCCGUUUGGCUUUUGAGACAAAACACGGGGGUUCUUCGCUAGCCGCGAUUUGCCGCCGGAUUUACAACGAGCGCUUUGUGCGGACCUCCCCGGCAGCACAGGCAGCCAGUACCUCGGCAACCGAGGCGGCGGCCGCCUCCGCAGUCGCCGCAAUCGCACCGCGUUCGGGAUUGAUCAAUUUCUACAGAGGAUUCACGCCCACUUUGCUGGGCAUGCUUCCUUACGCCGGCAUGUCCUUCCUUACGCACGACACUGCGGGCGAUAUCCUUCGCCACCCUAGUCUUGCCAAGUGGACGACCCUUCCCCAGCAGAAGAACUCGCCCACGGGAAAGCCUGCACCACUCCGGUCUUGGGCCGAGCUCCUUGCUGGCGGUAUCGCUGGUCUCGUAUCCCAGACUGCUUCGUACCCUCUGGAGGUCAUUCGCCGGCGAAUGCAGGUUGGAGGCGCCGUCGGGGACGGCCACCGACUUCGCAUUAGCGAGACGGCGGCCAUGAUUUUCCGAGAGAAGGGGACGCCGGGAUUUUUCGUGGGUUUGACGAUCGGGUAUGUCAAGGUGGUGCCCAUGGCGGCAGUGGCAUUUUACACGUACGAGAGGGCCAAGACGUGGCUCAGAAUCUAGACCAGUUUACGUCUCGCAAGAUUGUUUGAAUUUGGCGUUGUCGGGGCACUUGGGACAAACAAGCAUUUGGGGGGAUUUUUUUGUUUUAUGAAAUACGCCGUUAAAGGAGCAGUUUUCUGAGACCAAAGGAGUACUAACGAAGCGCUAGAAUGGUGGCUAACAAUCUACACACGACAGUUGUUCAAUACACAAUUGUUCCUGUUGCGUCAC